CUUCCUUUCAUUGAGAUGAGCAUCAUCAACAACAAUAACAGCAUCUAGCAAAAUCAGGUUUUGUAAUUUUUGCUUGUUUUUUUGUUCCUUUUACUAUCUCCCUAUUUUUGGGUUUAUAUGUACCAAAUUUUAAGUUUAGCUUCCAUUUACAGAUGUUUAUUUCAGAAAAACCCAAAAUCCUAUAAUCUGGAUUUCCAAGAAUCUAGAGAACAAGACAAACAAAACGAAAUCAGUCAUGUAAUUCAACAAAACAUAAAACAAAGGGGCAACAUGGGGUUAAAGAAUACUACAGGAGGAGGAGGAGGAGAUAUUGUACAAGUGCAAGGUGGUCAUAUAAUCCGGGCUACCGGUAGAAAGGACCGGCAUAGCAAGGUGUUCACCGCCAAGGGUCCUAGAGACCGUAGAGUCCGCCUGGCCGCUCACACCGCCAUUGAAUUUUAUGAUGUUCAAGAUAGGUUAGGGUACGACCGGCCUAGCAAGGUGGUUGAGUGGCUCAUGAAAAAGGCUCAAACAUGUAUUGAUAAGCUGGAUGAAUUACCACCGUGGGAUCCAACAGCUAGUGUUUCUCACGGCGGCGUUGAUAUGAAAAUAAGGUCUACUGAAGUUGAUGUGGGUGAUAAGUCUGGAUCAACAUCAUUUUAUGUUCCACAAUGUUUGGAUUCACAGUCUGUAGGUGAUAGUAUGAAGUCCUUUUUCCCUAGUCAUAAUAAUACAAUUACAUCUGGUAUGAAUUAUUCACAUGAGUUUAUCUCGAGAGGAGGUAGCCAAAACAGCCAGGAUCUUUGUUUGUCACUCCAUACUCUUCAAGAUCCGGGAAGCUGUGGUAAUGGGCAACAUCAUCAUCAUCAUCAUGCACCUUCGAGUCAUGACUCGGCCCUUUUCCAAGGGUCUAGUUCAUCUUUGGGGUUCGAGGGUAGGACGGGAGAGUGGUCUGAGUCACAGCAGCAGCACGAUCUAGGCCAAUUUGCUAGGAUGUUUGGUUGGCCUAGUGGUGGUAGUGGUGGUGGUGGUGGUGGAAAUUUAUUCAACCCUUACCCAUUGCCACCGCAAGGGUUGUUAUUUGGGCAACAACAUGUUGGCCCAAUAACAACGGCUACAUUUACUCAAGGGAGUACCCUUCAGUCCAAUUUCUCUCCAUUCGUAUGUGUUUUGGAGGAUCACAAAAUUCACAACCACCACCACCAACAUCAUCCACAAGAUGCCGGAAAUGGAUCCGAUGGGUUCAUCGGUUAUUACGUCCCGUCCUCACAAAUUCAUGGUGGAGCUAAUUCAAUGUCUAACAAUAAGGCAUCCUCAUCAUCCAUGUCCCCUGAUUCAACCCAACAUUAAUUGGAUGAUGAGAGUGGAAGCCCAAAGGAGAUUGAUUCCAAACUGGUAAAAUGCCUUGGUAUGGAAAAGAGAAUAUUCAUCUGUUGAUCCAAUAAUCGUGCAAAACCCGCCCACUUUAAACCGGAUUCGAUUCUCAUGAUCAUAAAUAUUUGUGCACCUUUUUCUUCACUGCGUGGGUUGUAGAAGUCAUGGUUAGUUGUCGUUAGUUGCUAACUUCUUUUUUAAGUGUAGCGCUAAACUCCGUCCUAUUAAUACUCACCCGCCUUAUUAAAUGUCAUAACUACUACUCUUUAUAUUUACCCUUUCAUGUUUUACCUUUCACCUUACCUUCAACCUUAUCACCCACCUUCAACUUUCCAACAUUCUGCCGGCCACCACUCAGGCCAGAACUUCGGCAGACCUCUGGCAGACCACCGGCUAUACCUCCGGCGACCCAAAUUCUAGGCAGCCACCACUCCGGUGUGGGAAAUUUCCGGCGACGCAAACUACGGCGAAAAAAUGCGUCAAAACUCUUACAUGUACGAGUCAUCCGGGAGAACAUCCACGUCAUCCCAAGAGAAUUUUUUUUUUUUUUGUCCAGUAAAAGUUACGGAGGCUUCUUUAGUUU